ACAACAACACUYGAACCAUAUUCAGCGUUAAGCCUAAUCUGAUGAUGGCAGAGGACACUCGACAGAAGCGGUCCAGCUUCUCGGCUCUUGCGGGACAUGGAACCAACGGGAUGGCCAGGACGUCCAGCAAAAGUGGCGCCUCGAAGAAAAUAGUGAUCAAAAAUUUCAAAGACAGGCCAAAAUUAGCUGAGAACUACACGGAGGACACGUGGCUAAAGCUUCGAGAUGCRGUGGGAGCCAUCCAGAACAGCACCUCCAUCAAAUACAAUCUGGARGAGCUCUACCAGGCGGUGGAGAACCUGUGUUCCUACAAAGUCUCGCCAACGCUGUACAAGCAGCUGCGCCAGGUCUGCGAGGACCACGUUCAGGCCCAGAUCCACCAGUUCAGAGAAGAGUCUCUGGAUAACCUUUCCUUCCUAAAGCGAAUGAACCGCUGCUGGCAGGACCACUGCAGGCAAACUAUAAUGAUCCGAAGCAUCUUCCUCUUCCUGGAUCGUACUUACGUGCUUCAGAACUCCCUGCUUCCCUCCAUCUGGGACACCGGGCUGGAGCUGUUUCGCACCCACAUCGUGAGCGACGGCGCCGUCCAGAAGCGAACGGUGGAARGCCUUUUGGAGCAGAUAGAGCUGGAGCGGAACGGAGAGACUAUUGAUCGCAGUCUACUGCGCAGCCUGCUCGGCAUGCUGUCGGACCUGCAGGUUUAUAAAGGCUCCUUUGAGGAGAGAUUUCUGACUGAGACGAAUCGUCUCUACGCAGCUGAGGGACAGCGUCUGAUGCAGGAGAGAGACGUACCGGAGUAUCUGCACCACGUGGCUCGCCGCUUGGAAGAGGAGAACGACCGAAUCGUCAGCUACCUGGACCAGAGCACUCAGAAGCCUCUCAUUAACUGCAUUGAGAAACAGCUUUUAGGAGAACACAUGACCUCAAUACUACAAAAAGGUCUGAGCAAUCUGCUGGAUGAGAACCGCGUCACUGAACUGGCCCUCCUCUACCAGCUCUUCAGUAAAGUGAACGGAGGACUCAACAAAUUGCUGCAGUUCUGGAGGGAUUAUAUCAAGUCGUUCGGCGGGGAGAUUGUAUGCACACCGGAGAAAGACAAGGACAUGGUUCAAGACCUGCUGGACUUCAAGGACAAGAUGGACAACGUGGUGCAGAGCUGCUUCGCCCGGAACGAGUCUUUCGUCAACGCCAUGAAGGAGGCCUUCGAAACUUUUAUCAACAAGAGGCCCAACAAGCCGGCUGAACUCAUCGCCAAAUACGUCGACUCCAAGUUGAGAGCUGGAAACAAAGAGGCGACAGAAGAAGAACUGGAGCGGAUCCUGGACAAGAUAAUGAUCAUUUUCCGCUUCAUUCACGGAAAAGAUGUGUUUGAAGCUUUUUAUAAGAAGGACUUAGCCAAACGUCUGCUGGUUGGAAAGAGCGCCUCUGUUGAUGCUGAGAAGUCCAUGCUGUCCAAGCUCAAACACGAGUGCGGAGCAGCGUUCACCAGCAAGCUGGAGGGGAUGUUUAAAGACAUGGAGCUGUCGAAAGACAUCAUGAUCCAGUUCAAACAGUAUAUGCAGAACCAGAGUGAGCCGAGCAACAUAGAACUCACUGUGAACAUCCUCACUAUGGGCUACUGGCCGUCUUACACACCUAUGGAGGUCCACUUGCCCUCAGAGAUGGUGAAACUCCAGGAGGUGUUCAAGCUGUUCUACCUCAGUAAGCACAGCGGGAGGAAGCUGCAGUGGCAGCCCACUCUGGGCCACGCGGUCCUGAAGGCAGAGUUUAAAGAGGGGAAGAAGGAGGUGCAGGUUUCCCUGUUUCAGACGCUGGUGCUGCUCAUGUUCAACGAGGGAGAAGAGUUCAGCGUGGAGGAGAUCCGCACCGCCACUGGAAUAGAGGAGGGAGAGCUGAAGCGCACACUGCAGUCUCUGGCUUGUGGGAAAGCCCGAGUCCUCAACAAGAACCCUCGAGGGAAAGACGUGGAGGACGGAGAUCGCUUCAACUUCAACAUGGAUUUUAAACACAAACUGUUCCGCAUCAAGAUCAACCAGAUUCAAAUGAAGGAGACGGUAGAGGAGCAGGUGAGCACUACGGAGCGCGUGUUCCAGGACCGGCAGUAUCAGAUCGACGCAGCCGUCGUUCGCAUCAUGAAAAUGAGGAAGACGCUGAGUCACAACCUGCUGGUGUCGGAGCUCUACAACCAGCUGAAGUUCCCCGUCAAGCCGGGCGAUCUGAAGAAGCGCAUCGAGUCGCUCAUCGACAGAGACUACAUGGAGCGGGACAAGGAGACUCCAAACCAGUAUCACUAUGUUGCCUGAGGGGGAAACGCUGCUGUGCUUUUCUCACCGCGAGCUCGCAGCCGGCCCCUCCCCUCCUCCCCGACCACCACCACCUGCGCCACGUCCACCUCCAUCCCCGGUCCGGGACGCAGCAUCCGGACGGCACAGAGGCGAUGCUGGUCCCCCCAAYACACACUCUGCUCCAUCUCUACGUGAACUCUGAGACCGGGCUGUGGUUCCCGUCGUUAACGACCAGACUUACAAACCUCGCAAAUAAAAUUAACUAGCACUUUUUUUAUCUGUCGUUUCGUUUACUUUGGAUUUGCUUUCCUUCCUCUUUCUAAAUCACUUACUGUCUCCUGUAACGAUUUGUUUCCACCAGUUUUAAGAUGUUUUUUGUGUGUGUGUGUGUGUGUGUUUGUGUGUUAUUUUAUUUUCCUUGCUUUGGAUGUUGUUUUUGAACGGCUGCGUCAGCUUGUGACAGGAACGGUUACCUGAACAGGUAAAGAAGCAGCUGUUUGAGGAGGCGAGGCGCAGGCCAGCCGCUCGGGGCCUGACUUUUUUGCUAUCUUUGUAUGUUUUUUUGACCAAAAUGUCCGGCGUCAUGUCCUGAUUGAUGUUUUUGUAGAUCGGAUUGUAUUCUGUCAGAGUGCGAAAAAGUGAACUUGAAUAAAAUGGAUAUUUAAUGAUA